CACACAAAUACCUUACGUGUGCUCCCUCUCCCUCUCUCCUCACCACCGCGUCGCCCAACCACCCCGAUUCCAUCAUAUUUCCCUCCUGUGUCCUCCAACCCGGCAUUGUAUUUACUUUUCUCCUGGAGCGCAUUGGUCUGCGGCUUGGACCUAACUUUCUUUCUUUUCAUUCUUCCAACAGUCGCAAAAAACUCAGCUUGGUUGCGUGUUUUACGCAGCCCCCCCAUUCGAGAUGUCAGAAUUCUUAGGAUCCCGCAUCUCUCUCAUCUCCAAGAGCGACAUUCGAUAUGUCGGCGUUCUCCACGAGAUCAACUCUGACGAGUCGACCGUCUCACUCGAGAAUGUUCGCUCUUUCGGUACAGAAGGUCGAAGGAACAGACCCGAAGAAGAGAUAGCACCCUCCGACCAGGUUUACGACUACAUCAUCUUCCGUGGCAGCGAUGUGAAGGACCUGAGGAUCGAGGACCACCCGGGCAUCAAGGAGAACAAGCCUCCUGCGAUGCCCGAGGACCCGGCCAUCGUCAACGCCCGCCCUCGUCCUGGUCAGGGACCCAACAACCAGCCGCCUCCGGCACCUGGCUUCGGCCAGCCUCCCUUCCAGAACAACUUCUACCCUCCUCCGGGUCCGUGGGGCCCUGCUCCUGGCCGCGGCGGUCCUGGUGGCCCUGGCGGCCCUCCUGGUGCUGGAAUGGGUGGCAUGCCGUACCCUCCUCCUCCCGGAUGGUUCCCCCCCGGUCCUCCUGGCCAAGGCUUUCCUCCUGGCCCCGAUCAGUGGAACAACUACAACAACUACCCUCCAGGACCUCGUGGGCCUCCUGGCCCCCCUGGACCCCUGGGCCCCGGUGGUGCACCCGGCCAGGCUCCGGAGAACCGUGGCACCCCCGGUCCCCAAGAUGUGAAGCCUCCGCCGGUUGGCCCUGCUGGUGACAAGCAGAAGCCUGCCACACCGGCCGCCCAGAGCGCUCAGAGCGAGCCCAAGCCAGCUCCCCCUCCUGGCUUCCAGCAAGCACCUGCACCGACGCCUCCUGUCGAGUCGAAGCCUUCGGCUGCAGAAGUCAAGGCCACCGCCGCUUCCCUGAACACAACCGGUCCCUCGAAGCCUGUCGAGCUUCCUGUACCCACGGGUCCGAAGACCGCUGCUCGUGUCCAACCGGCCGUUCCUCUGGCUGGAUCGAUGCCCAAGGCAUUUCCCGUUCCCAUCAGUGACAGUAACGCCAUCCAAGCCGUAUCCAAGUCUGCCGCCGGCCCGACUGCUGCCAGUGUACGGGAUGCGACUGAGGCCGCGAAGGCAGCCGUUGCUUUGGCCAUGGCUAAUAUGAACGCCGGCAACGCGACUGUUCCUACUGCGCCCCAGGGCAACGGCAACGCGAUGGACAACUUGACAAAGAAGGUCAACGAGAUGAGGGUCAACGCUGCCCGGACCACUCAGCCCGGAGGUGGUCGCGGCCGAGGCCGUGGCGGCAGACAAGGUCAGACCAAGGUUGACGUCCCUGACGCGGACUUUGAUUUCGCCCAGGCCAACGCGAAGUUCAACAAGGACGACUUGGUCAAGGAAGCUAUUGCAGGCUCGCCUUUGGGCGAGACUCCCAACAACGGUCCUGUCGUCGAAGCCCCUGUUCCCGAAGUGACUGGCGCAAACCCCCCCGUCGCCUACAACAAGACGCGGUCGUUCUUUGACAACAUCUCGAGUGAAGCCAAGGACCGUGCAGACAAUAACGGCCAGAAGCCUGGUGGUCGCGAAUGGCGUGGCGAAGAGCAGCGCAAGAACAUGGAGACCUUCGGCCAAGGUAGUGUCGAUGGCGGCUACCGGGGUUACCGAGGCAGAGGUCGCGGCCGAGGUCGAGGAGGCUAUGGUGGUCGCGGCGGACGAGGCGGCGGAUUCCGAGGCCGCGGUGGCCAAGGCGCUGCCGCGUCUCCGGCCGCAAAUUAGAGCCACACUGCACAUCGAGCCUCCUUGGUCAGUGUCGCUGCCGCAAGCGACUCUGGGAUGAGAUUUCAUAAUCUGGGUCACCCAAAGGCUCAGGAUCUUGAUGGAUCCAACUCUACAUUUUUGACUGGGGACGCGUCUCUGAAAGGAAACACUUUCAGGCAAGACUUUGUAUGAUGUAUUAUCACUCCCUCGAUUCUCGAUUUUCUCGGAUUCCAUUGACGACGGACGGAGCAUUGGGCUGAAAAGCCCUUCGAGUUGGUUUGGCCAGAAGGGCUGGAAUCAUGGGGAUUGCUAUUUUGACACGCAUGGGAUCGGAAGGAGUUUGGCAGUGAUGGGCCACAAGCAAUGGGAGCUGUGGUCUCAUGAUUGCUCAGUGACAACACAGGGAUUUCAGGCAUGGGUAGCAAGCAUUGAGUUCUUGCUUACUUGUUGGACUGGGCAGACAGACCAGAGCAACACGACUUAACGGCAGAGAAAUGGCCAUUGCCUUGCAGUUGACAGGACGGAUGGAUGCAAUGAGGAGCGUGAAUUCAUCCAUGCCAAACGGAAUGAGGAAAUGGGAAAGGAGAACUAGGGGGGGGUGGCGGUGGAAGAAUCCCAUAACCAGGUGAAAAGGAUAAGAACAAUGUUGAGUUCUUGUCUGCAGAUCAAUACAACUACGCCAGCUACCAUAUUAACAGUUCUGUCCCUAAGCUGAAGUGAACUAAGUGAGUGUAUGAAGCGUAGCUAUGUGGA